ACCGCUAUCGACUAGUGGUCUCAUUUUUCGGCAGCUGCAACCAUCUUUCUCCGAAGGAGACCUCCAUCGGAUUGUUUAUUUCGCUCUCAAGUCGGUGGGAAAUUCUCUACGAUGGCCCUGACUUGGAGACUGACAGCCGUAACGCUUCUGGGUAGAAAUGUACGCAAUCAAAAAUGUCGAUUCUUCUCCGUAAGCUGCUUUCGAUGCGGAAACGUCGUCCCCUUCAAACUAUCGGAUAUCGGAGAAGGAAUUCGAGACGUCACGAUAAAAGAAUGGUUCGUGAAACCAGGCGACCGGGUGUCUCAAUUCGAUAACAUUUGUGAGGUUCAAAGCGACAAAGCAUCUGUGACGAUUACUAGCCGUUACGACGGAUUAAUUAAAGCCUUGCACUACAAGGUAGACGACGUGGCUCUGAUAGGAGAUCCAUUGCUGGAAAUUGAAGUAGAUGACGAUAAUGGGAACGAGCAAGUUGAAACGAUUACCGAUGAUCGACAGCCGCAGUUAACAGGAAAGUCUGAUGACGAACAGAGCGUCAAAGACAAGGAGGAGAAACUCCUAGUGAAGUGUGACUUGGAAAAAGCAAUAGCCACCCCAGCGGUCAGAAGGAUAGCUAUGGAGAACAAUAUUAACUUGAAGGACGUCGUUUCCACGGGGAAAAACGGUCGAGUGCUUAAAGAGGAUAUAUUAGCUCAUUUAGAAAAAAUUCCUGUCAACUCGGCAAGAGAAAGGGUCGAAGGGAAACCAACGGGAGAGACGGUAAUGCCAGUGAAAGGCUAUAGCAAGCACAUGUGGAGAACAAUGACGCAAUCUCUGAGUAUACCGCACUUUGUGUACAGUGACGAGUGUAACAUUAACAGAUUGAUGGACUGGCGGAACGAGGUGAAGGACACGGUGAAAGAGCAGGGUGUUUCUUUAAGCUUGAUGCCGUUUUUCAUAAAAGCCGCAUCCAGAGCGUUGGAAAAGUUGCCACAGCUGAACGCCUGGCUUGAUGAGGAGAGGCAGGCGUUACGCGUCCAGAAGAGUCACAACAUCGGUAUUGCGAUGGACACACCUGAAGGUUUAAUUGUACCGAAUGUUAAAAAUGUCCAGAACUUGAACAUCGUGGAGAUCGCGAAAGAGUUGAACCGUCUUCAAGAACUUGGAAGAAGAUCUUCAAUUCCGCCAAGCGAUUUAUCGAACACAACAUUCUCGCUAUCAAACAUUGGUGUUGUGGGUGGUACAUAUACAAAACCGAUGAUUCUAUCCCCACAAAUUGUAAUCGGCGCGUUUGGAAAAGCGCAAAAAUUACCACGAUUUGACGAUAAAGGAAAUGUGGUAGCUGCGAACACAAUUUGUGUUAGCUGGGCCGCCGACCAUCGAGUGAUAGAUGGUGUCACAAUGGCCAAGUAUUCGAAUCUUUGGAAACAUUACGUUGAAAAUCCUGUAUUUUUAUUAAUAGGAGCGUGAAAAUAUAUUUGAAAGUAAGCAUACACUUUAUUGGAAUCUUUUUAUAUGUAAUAACUCAAAUAUAAUUUUUAAGAAACUUCUAUACUUCAAUUUCAUAAGAAUAUAUAUGUAAAGCGCAAUAAAACUUGUAAACAUUUUGUACGUAAAUAUUAAUUUAUUUAUUGCUGCACAACCAACUAGGACUUUUUAAGAAAGGUAAAAUAUCUUUUUUUAACAUAUUCAAAGUGUUACAACUGUAUGGUAGUUAUUAUAUGAUGACCAGUCAAACCACUGUGAGCAUUUUUUGUACAUUUAAUCUAUCAUACAUUGUCAUACAAAUUGUCUGAGUAGGUAUUCCAAAAAAAUAUGUCAAGGAAGUGGUUGUACUGAUUAAUGUUCUCUUUUUAACAGUGUAUAUAUUUUUUUUUUAACUUAAUUAAAAAAUUACCCUAUCAAAUUACUGAAACUAUCAGUUAGUAUCAUGAAAUGAAGAAAUUAUUAAAAAGAAAAUAUCAAAUGAAAGAUUAUAAUUGAAAUAUAAUCUGAAUAAUGAGUACGACCACUUGUACACUUAUAUACUUUUAAUUUUUUAUAUAUACAGUUUUAUGUACCGCAUUUUUUGAUCACACAUCCCGUACAAUCAAUACAUUCCAUUAAAUGCCACUUAAAUAUUUGCUCAAAAAGUAGUCAGUCUGUUUAGUAGUUAGAGUAGUAGAAAAGAUUGUAUAUGCGUUUUGUGGUCCAAAAUUUUUGUAUUUUUGACAAUUAAAAUAUUAAUUUAUCCUGCAAAAGAUUCUAAUUGAGUAUUUGAGCUUAACAUAAUGUUUUAAAAAAGACGUUACAGCUUGCUAAAAA